UCCAAAGGAGCCGSACAAUGAAGGUGAUCACAUUUGGAAUUACUAUAUUGGCGUUUACCUUCACUAUUGAAUGCCGUCAUUAUAAAGGGCAUCAUGUCAAAGGCCACAAGAACAACCAUGACAAAACCCAGCAUAUUUACCAGGAAAAAAAACUGAUCAAUAAUCAUGGAAAACCACAUCUCACAACCAAACAAAAAGACCAGCAAAAUCAACACGGUAGUGGAAAGCUCCCUCACAGGCGCCACACAAUUUUCAUUCACGUUGACCAUGAGAAAAGGCAUUACGAAAACAGUCACAUAGGAAUGCAGAAACAAGCCCUCAUCUUUAAAGACAAUCAGCCAAAAGACCGUAGGAAGAGCCAUCAUAAAAUAGACGAUAUAGACCAGCAAGAAGGUCUUACUUUCAAAGAAAAUCCUAAGGGCAUUAGGAAAUACCAUCUCACAGACCUGAAACAACGCAAACGCGAUGAAAACCACAACAGAAAAAGGAACAGUAAAAUGAAGCUUCACGAAAGUGAUCAUCGUUUAGGCAAGACCCAGCACAAAACUCAUASAAAACAUCACAUCAAAGAACAUAAAGGAUCCAAGAAGACAAUAGUCCRUCAUCUUGGAGGACAGAGAAAACAGAUUGGUGCAAAUCUCGAUAUGUACAAUGUCGCACAACCAGCAAUGGGAGCUGUUAUGAAUAACCAUGUACAUCCAGGAUCAAAUCCACAUAAACUGCCUGCUUCGCAUCUUCCUCCUGGAUUUCCCCCGCACGUYACUCUACAAGGUUGCUGCACUGUCCUCCAUAAUCACAACGCCUGUUGUCAACACCCAAACGCGCCGCCAUGUUGUACUGCAGGUAGCCAGUCAGCACCCACUGAAGCAAGCACGGCUUCUCUACAUUCGAGUAAAGCUUCCUCUGCUUCAACAAAGGGUUCCACUUCCCCAACAAAGGCUUCUUCCAGUCCAACAAAGACUUCCUCUGUCUCCACCAAAGCUCCAUCUUUAUCAUCAAAACCUUCCUCUAAUCCAACCAAGGUUUCAUCGGGAUCAACUGAAUUUUCAUCUAGUUCAACAUCUGCUUCUUCUACUUCAAGUGGGACUUCAUCUAAUCCAACAAACAAUCCACUGGAGUCAACAGUGGCUACGUCCACAUCGACUGCGGCUUCCACUAAUCCAACAGAUGCAUCCUCUGGGUCAACUAAAGCUUCAUCUGGGUCUACUAAAGCACCAUCUGUCCCAACAAAAGAUUCUUAUUCCACUGGCCCAACAAAGGCUUCUUCUGUCACAAAACGUGCUUCCACUGGCCCAACAAAGGCUUCUUCUGUCACAAAACGUGCUUCCACUUCCCCAACAAAGUCUUCUUCUGGGAUAACAGAUCCAUCCUCUGCACCCACAAAGGUUUCUUCUCAGACAACAGGUGGAUCUUCUGAAUCGACGAAAGCAUCCUCUGCCCCAACAAAGGCUUCUYCCGGRACAAUAGGUGCUUCCUCUGCCCCAACUAAGCCUUCUCCAGGGACAGUGGGGGCUUCCUCUGCCCCAACAAAGCCUUCUCCUGGGACAAUAGGGGUCUCCUCGACCCCAACGAAGCCUUCUCCAGGGACAAUGGGGGCUUCCUCUGCCCCAACAAAGGCUUCUCCUGGGACAAUAGGGGCUUCCUCUGCGCCAACAAAGGAUUCUUCUGGGACAACAGAUGCACCCUCCACCCUCACAAAAGCUACCUCUGGGACAACACAGACAUCCUCUGAGUUAACAAAGGCUUCAUCUUCACCAACGMAAAUGUCUUCUGUCGCCAAGAAGGGUUCCAUUGACGCAGCUAAUGAACCCUUUACAGAUCCAGGCCCAACUUAUGCUYUACUCAAAACGAAGACGCAAACYUUUAUAAAGGAAUAAUCAGAAUUUAUUAAUACAACUUUUAUCUAAACAAAAGCUUUCUUCCUUUCAGUUUUUCAGUUCAGACAAAGUCGUUCACAUAAAUCCAACACCAUUGCUUAACAAUAUCAGCAUUUUASAUUAAUGGCAAAGUUUUAAUCAUUAUUUGUUAUCUAAUACGCUUGUUAUUAAUUCAAUCUAUGAAUUCGUUUUAAAUAUGAUCAAAUUAAAAACUACAAAAUCAGCCAAUUUCUCCGAUCAGCAAAUUGRCGUUGCAGUAUCCCAUCAGUACUCAACGUGUUUUGAAACAGCUAUACGACUUAAACAUAUCAUUUACCUUAAUAAAGYUAUCAGAAGCGAUUUGCCUCUUUGGUAUAUUUUAAACAUUGUUCAAUUCUUAAUCAACUCCAAUGGAU